AAUUUAUUUAGAUUUUAGGUUAGUCUUCUUAUAUUUAUUUACAUUUAUUCAGAUCUUUUCUAUCAGUUCAAAAUUCCACUUAUACGAUGUUUGCAAUCAUUAUCCAAACCAUUUUUCCAUAACGUUACAGUGACACGCAGUGGUAUUAGCACGACAUCGGUGAAGAUGAGUAAAAGUAUUCCAGAUCGGUGGAUACCGUACAAGGCAUGUGGCAAAGUAAUAGAAGGAACAAGGAUUGUUUGCUUCAAAGUUCCUCUCAGGAAGGGUGUCCAGGAACACAAUAAGGCUAUAAAAGAAAUAUGGGACAUCAGAACGCUCCUGAAUAAAUUGCCAAAUUUGGGAGCUGUAGUGGACCUAACCAACACGGCGCGCUAUUAUAAUCCCGGGGAGCUGCGAGAAGCCGGCAUUCUGCACAAGAAAAUUUUAAUGCCUGGCAGAGUAAUACCGCCCGAGAACAAAGUGACACAAUUUAUGGAUACCAUUGACGAGUUCCUGGGAAAAGACUGCGUGGCCAUUCAAGUCAAUAGGGCCAAACUUGGUUUGUCGAGCGCAGACGUCCUGAUCGGCGUACACUGCACGCAUGGGCUCAAUAGGACAGGCUACAUGGUGUGUCGGUAUAUGCGCGAUCGUCUCGGGAUACAGGCCGACGAUGCCAUCAGCAGGUUUGAAAAGGCUAGAGGUUACAAGAUCGAACGUGAAAACUACGUAGCAGAUCUUUUGGGAAAGAAGGCUCCUCCUCCUGACGUCGGCAAGCAACAUACUAUGAUAAAACCGACCAACGACCAUGACCAAGAGUAUGACUCCUCCAACCCCACACAUAACAAACGAUGGGGAUUUAAUAAUCGGUCUGGUUAUAACAAUCACUCUGGGCGUGAUAAUUGGCGGAAACGUGACAAUGACAAUGAUUCUGGAUAUGGCAAUCGAUGGGGUAAUGACAACCAGUCGAGGUAUGGCAAUAGAUCAGGACAUGAUAAUGAAUCGGGAUAUAGUAAUCGGUCGGAAUCUGGUAAUCGGUACGAUAAACGAUCCGUACAAUACAGGUCGCCUCUAGAUCAAUGUGACGAUACGGAGCAUCAAGACGAAGAACAGUAUAAUGGGUACAGAAAACGAUUUAAAUAUAACCCUUUCAAUCGUAAUCGAAAUGGAAAUAACAGUAAUGAUAAUACCUCAGGUAGGAGUAAUAGCAAAUGGGAUAUGUCGGGGGCGUCUCAUAGGCCUCGUUAGAG